ACCUCACGCAUCCGCGCUCCAGGGAGAGAGAGACAGAGAGAGUGCUACAGCAAACAGCGGACGACCCUUGCGCUCGGUGGACCUACAGCCAGAUGGUUCUCCUCGGGCAACCAACCUGCAAGAUGCUGGUCGAGCAUCGCUCUUCUUUUACUCCACUCCUGAAUAGUCCGGAUACGACGUGCUCGACGCUUAUGCGCAACAUUGUGCUCAAUCCCGAUGCGGCAGUCUUCUUUUUCAUUUUCGAGGAGAGAUGUGAUACCGACAAUCGCACGGCCAUGCAGUCCCAGGUCUCCGUCCAUCAGGGUAAUCUCCACGUGGCAGGCGGGGACACCCCCAGGAUAAGUUAUUGGUGGAGUUCAACGGAAUUGGACGGAUCCCGGCGUCCCAACUCCACGGUCUGCCCCGAUUACUCUUGCUAUCGGCUGAUGGAUUACCCUUCCGGCAUGGUGCUUUCCAAGUCGCGAUCCCAGCUGCUCCUCGUCGGGUCGCUGCAGGAUUACCCAAGCACGUCAUGGUUGACAGCGCUGAGGAUCGCAGAUGGGUCCAGGUCUUCCACGAGGUUGCCGAUAGAGUCUGCGGAGGGGCUGAGCUGGGAUCCCGGCAUGGCGAGGCUUUUCAUGUCGGCCAGCACCACGCCACCCACGUCAAUCUCCUCUGCCGAUGUCACGCUCGAUGCCAACAGCACCUUUGCCAAUCGGACGCUGUCUCUCUCUCAAGUAGCGCAAUUCGAAUCGCAUCUGGGCUUCAACAUCUCGAAACCCUACUUCGGCCCUCAGAGCUUCACCAGCGACGGCCAGUGUCUGUACUUCAUUGAUCGGGCUGCUCCUGGUGAAGUAUGGGCGCUCCAUCCCUCCUCGCCGAAUGCCACACUGGUCGCCGGCAGCAGAUCGCGGUCAUCCACACGUCUAGCCCCCAGCAGCAGCAGCAGCAGCAGUGUUGACGUGGCCGCCUUGGAGGCACACUUUGGGGAAUUGCGCGACAUCGCUGCGGUGGGCGACGGGCGUCAUCUGUUCGUCUCGGAGUCGAGGACCGGUCAGAUCUUCUGGAUCGAGUUGGACCGACCGUGCACCGGCGCGAGGAGAGCAACGGCCAUAGCGACCUACCCCAGGCACGUGCCCACUGGAAUCUCCGGAUUGACGGCUGUUGCCAAAGACCAGAAUGUGAACCUCACCGUCGGAGUGGAUGAUGGACACAUUUUCCUCAUCAGCAUCUCAUUGAAUUCCUCUGUACCUCUGUCAACUCCGCCACCACCGGAUAUCCCCGAUGCGAAUCCCAGCGACUCGACCCCUGCACCUCCGUCUGUCUCUCUUUCUUCUCAAGCGCCUGACCCAACAACAAGAACGAAAAGCAAGAACAUCGGAAGAAACGUGGCAAUUGGAGUUGGAGUUCCCAUCCUUGCCAUGUGCAUGAUUUGUUGCUUCUCUUACCUGAGACAGGGAGCGUGCCACUUUGGGCCCCCAAGAGACAUACCGACGGACGACUUACACCAGUCCACUCGUCAAAUCGAAACCGAGCACAAGUCUGGGGCCGCCGUGGUCAGCGCUGCCGUGAAAUCGUUUCUCAAAAGCAUUGUUAGAGAAGCGGGGAGAUGCACUGGACCACCCCCGGCGACUGAGGGGUCUGAGGGAAUGCUACGCCGACCUGCCGAUGCGGCGACUGGGGCUGGCCCGACGGGCCAAUGAGGGUCGGAGGUUUACCCUUCUGUAGGCGUAUGCUGUCUGUUUUCUGCCCAUCCCAUAGCUCAUAGCUGCAGCCACACUUCUGCGAUGUCGGCAGCAUCUAACG